AUGCCAGAAGACUGCGCAAACCCGCGCCUUGCGGAAUGGUUGAAAGAAUGGAUGGAUGAGGCCAAGGAAAGGAAUAGCAAGGCAUAUACAGUCUAUAAGAAAGCUUACGACUCGAUGAAAGCAUGUCCUCUGCGCUUCGAUCAUCCUUCCGAAGCCCAACAGCUCAAUGGUCUGGGGCCGAAGCUAUGUGACCGCCUCACCGACAAACUAAAAGAAUUCUGCGAUCAAAAUGGCAUUCCGAUGCCACCGAAGCGGGGAAAGAAAAGGAGGUCAGCUGCUGCCGCACUGUCUGAUGCAGAAGGUCGCCCCGAGACGGCACAGGAGUCUCCUGUCAGAAGAGUGCGCAAGUCCCAGCCAUAUGUCCCCAAAAUGAGGUCAGGCGCAUAUGCUCUGAUUCUAGCAUUGGCGACAUUGGACCGAGAAACGAACGCUGCCAUCGCAAAGAACGAGCUCAUGGCGUUGGCUCAACCACACUGUGACUCGUCGUUCUAUGCGCCCAGUGACCCCACCAAGUUCUACACUGCUUGGAAAUCCAUGCAGACUCUGGAGAACAAAGAGCUUGUAUGCACCAAAGGGCAUCCUACAAAGAGAUACUAUCUGUCUGACGAAGGAUGGGAGGUUGCAAUCCGGAUGAGGGCUACUCUAGAGGGACGAACACUACCACAGCCUAGUCCGCGAGGCAAGAAUAAGGCACCUGUUCGCGAGCCGGCCAUUCCACGAGACGCUUCAAUCGAGCCUGUCAGCAAGCGGAAUACUCCUGUUCUUGAACCAACGCACACCCGGCCAACAUCUCAACGACAGAGUGUCGUUGUCGAUCUGUCGUCCGAUGAUGACCCGGAUUGGCCUGUUCCUGAGCCAGAGAUGCCGACGCCCGCGGUCAAGAACAAUCAUACUGGCUCCCGGCUGCUUAAUGCUCAACCCUCCUCGGAAGACACCAUCCUUCUUCCUCAAGGCAGCUUCGAGGUAAGAAUGGUUCUCGACAUGCGAGAAGUGCGCACAACCACCGAUCGUGACUACAUCUCUGCAGAGUUGAAGAAAUAUGACGUCGUUCCUGUCCUCCGUGCGCUCCCUCUUGGAGACGUUCUGUGGGUUGCGCAGGUGAAACCUCCUUAUGGAGAGACACUCAAGGCGGCCAACGUGGGAGAUGAUGAAGAAGGUAACCAGGAAAUUGUCCUUGAACACAUCCUUGAACGUAAAAGACUUGACGAUUUAAUUGGAAGCAUCAAAGAUGGACGGUUCCAUGAACAAAAGUUCCGUUUACACAAGUCGGGGAUCAAAAAUGUCACCUAUCUGGUCGAAGAAUACUCACUUUCGGCGGAACGUAGUGAGAAAUACGGCGAUGCUCUGGAGAGCGCCCUUGCCAGUAUGCAAGUGGUCAACAACUUUUUCGUCAAGCAGACAUCCAAGCUGGACGACAGUAUCCGAUAUCUGGCGCGGAUGACAAAGACAUUGAAGGCCUUGUACGAAAGAAGAGAUAUCCACGUCGUGCCAUCUCGGAGAUUUGAAGCAGAGGCCGUUGCGAUUACGCUGGACCGGCUGAGGCGAGUGUCGCCGGGCAAGACGUAUGGAAUAACAUUCUCCGCGUUCGGCGCCAUGUGCGACAAGUCGGAGAGUAUGACUUUACGAGAUGUGUAUUUGAAGAUGUUGAUGUGUACGAGGGGUGUGACUGGGGAGAAAGCCAUUGAAAUCCAGAAGAUCUGGCCUACACCGCGCGCUCUUGCUGAAGCAUUUGAAGCGCGAAAAACAGGUCCGGAAAGGGAUAAUAUGAUCAGUGAACGGCUAGGGAAUGCGAUUCCCCGGAAGAAGGUCGCCAAACAGCUCAGCGCUAAAAUCGCAGAAAUAUGGGGGUGA